UCCCUCCCUAAACUCUUUGUAUACUUCCUUCAUGCCUCGUGAUAAGCCAGCUUAUCAGCAAAUGAUUGUAAAGCCAGCCCUUAGUUCAUUUCCCCCCGGGCUAAGACCAUUCGGCAAGUCAGCAACGUGUUACCGGGGGAUUUCUCUGCGUCGCUUCCCAUUGGACGUUUCUCACUGAUUGUUUUCGCUCUACAUCAUGGAAUGCAAACUUCUCGUCGCGAAUCGUGGAGAAAUUGCCGUACGGAUCAUCAACAGCGCGAAGAAGUUGUCUAUACCGACUGUAGCCAUUUACACCCAUGCGGACGCGUCGGCACCACAUGUUGCCCUUGCAGACGAGGCUUACGUCGUCGGGCAUGGACCUGAUGGCGAAGGGUCUAACCCUAGAGGAUAUCUCGAGAUGGAUGAAAUUCUAGCGAUCGCUAGGAAGUCGGGCGCAACACUUCUUGCUCCUGGAUAUGGUUUCCUUUCUGAAAAUCCUGACUUUGCAGAAUUGUGUCAGAACGAAGGCAUCACUUUCCUAGGGCCCACCCCUGAGCAAAUGACCAAGAUGGGCCUGAAGCAUGAAGCUCGACAAGUCGCUAUUGAAGCAGGUGUUCCCAUUGUCCCCGGAAGCGAUGGUAUUGUCGACACGCUUGAACAAGCGCUGACCUCAGCACAGCGGAUAGGCUAUCCCAUUAUGCUCAAAGCGACUGGUGGAGGUGGAGGUAUGGGCAUGCAGAUAUGUGAAGACUCUAGCGACCUUGAGAGGCAUUUCGUUGCUACACAGGCCAAAGGUGGUGCUCUGUUCAAGAACUCUGCUGUAUUUUUGGAGAAAUACGUCAGACAAGCUCGGCAUAUUGAGAUACAAAUUUUCGGUAACGGGGAGGGCUUCGUUACCCAUUUUUCCGAGAGGGAAUGCAGUGUGCAGCGACGGCAUCAGAAAGUUAUCGAAGAAGGUCCUAGUCCAUUCUUGAGCGACGGACGUGCUGACGUCAGAAAAGCGAUGUGCGAAGCCGCUGUUCGUCUCUGUUCGAGCAUCAAUUACCGUUCAGUCGGUACCGUUGAAUUUAUUGUCGAUGAUGAGACCGGCGAUUUCUAUUUCCUCGAACUCAACGCUAGAAUUCAGGUUGAACACGCUGUCACCGAAAUGAUCAAUCCGGGGCUGGAUCUCGUCGAACUCAUGAUCAAGCUCGGUCUCAAGCAGAGAGCUGGCUUGUCGUUGAACGCCCACGAGAUACCAGUGCAUUCAGGCCCCACAGGGCAUGCGAUCGAAGCUCGUGUAUACUGCGAAAACCCUAUGUAUGGACAAUUCCAGCCUUCUCCGGGGACCCUUCAUCUUGUUCAAUGGCCUGAGCCUCGUCAUUGGCUUCGCAUCGACACUUGGGUGGCUACGGGCGUACAUGUUACACCUAAUUACGAUCCAAUGAUCGCCAAACUCAUCGUUGCCGGUGCUGAUCGUUCAGAAGCUCUGAAGCGUAUGGGGCAAGUCCUCGCAGAAACAUCGAUCCUUGGCCCUCCGAAUAACCUUGAAUAUCUUGCUGAAAUUGUGCGGAGCGCACCGUUCCAGCUUGGUCAGGUAACGACGACCUACUUGUCGACGAUGGCCUUCGUCCCUCGCGCAAUAGAGGUCCUGGAAGGAGGUAUCUUGACGACAAUACAGGAUCUCCCCGGACGACGGACGGUUGGUAACGGUAUCCCCCUAGGUGGUGCAGCGGACAUCCUUGCCGCGAGAGUAGCCAACAUGUUGGUUGGAAACACGCCAGAGACAGAGUUGCUCGAGGCGACCAUGAUUGGUCCUACCCUCAAGUUUCAUAGAGCAGCUGCAGUUGCGGUUACCGGAGCAACAAGUCCAGUAACCCUGGAUGGCGCUCCAGUAAGAAUGUGGAUGCGGCUAUCAAUAAAGGCUGGAAGCGUCCUUAAGAUUGGAAUUUCUACGCAUGGACUGCGCGCAUAUAUCGCCGUUCUCGGUGGUCUACCUGGUUCUGCUAGUUUCAUGGGUUCCAAGAGCACGCUGAUGUUGGUCGGAGUUGGAGGAUAUCAAGGCCGGCAGCUCGUCAAAGGAGACAUUCUCUCCCUCAGUCCGCAGUGUGACUCUGUCAAUAAUAAUGCACCUUCCGUUCCUGAGCAUCUCAUUCCUUGCUACCCCAAUGAAUGGGACAUCGAGGUCCUGCCGGCGGCGCAAUGGGAUCACGAGUAUCUGACCCAAGAAGGGCAGGAAAUGCUCACGUCGGCGAAGUGGAAGGUAAGCCCUUCAAGUGGACGCAGUGGGCUUAGAUUGGAAGGCCCUCGAAUCAAGUGGGCGAGAGAGGAUGGUGGAGAAGGCGGCUCUCAUCCUUCUAAUGUGGUUGACCAAGAUUCUAUUGGGGCACUCAAUGUGAACGGUGAUACCCCCGUUCUAUUCGGCGUUGAUGCUCCUGAUGCUGGCGGUUUUGCUAACGUCCUCAACGUACCUAGUGCUUCCCUUUGGAAACUAGGUCAGAUACGACCAGGCGAUACCAUCAUGUUCAAGGGGAUCAGCCGGAGCGACGCACCUUGUUUACAUGAACGUAAUGAUGUCUGGCUUGCUGCCAUAGAGGCGAGCAUCAAGUCCGAGACGGCGACUACUACACCUUCGGGCAUACUGGAGUGGAUUGCCACUGGCCAAAUACCUGAAUCGUCCUUACGCGCACAUAUACCUGCCUCGGCGCUUCGUCCGGAAUCUAAGAUACGCCAGGUCGGAGACUCUUUCCUCUUCCUGGAAGUUGGUCCUAUGCGUCUCGAUGUCGUUAUCUGUGGGAGAUUGGAGUCAUUUUUACGCGAGCUUAACAAGCGUCAGGUCCCAGGGAUCUUGACAACCCUUUUGCUUAUUCGAAGCUUGAUGAUACACUUUGAUGAGCGGGUUACUGAUAUGGAGGCAUUGCUGAAGAUGAUGGUCGAGAUUGAUGCCGAUCUUCCGGACGCGAUGCGCAUGCACCCCCUUGAGGUAGACGUAUACCGGAUGCCUCUGGUUCCCGAUGACUCGUGGUGCCAAGAUGCUGUAGACCGGUACAUGAAAACAGUCCGAUCACAGGCGGUGUAUCUACCAAGCAACGUUGAAUACAUUGCACGUUGCAGCGGGAUGACGUCGAAGUCAGAGGUCGCUGAUUCAAUGCUGGCGUCUCCAUGGUUAGUUUUCGGGACUGGAUUCUUUGUGGGUUUGCCCUUUAUCUCUCCGAUGGAUCCUCGAAAGCGCCUCUUGGGGCAAAAGUAUAAUCCCACUAGACUGUAUACACCUGAAGGUGCCGUCGGUUUGGCUGGAGUUGUCGGGUCUAUAUAUCCCCUGGAAUCAGCAGGCGGUUAUCAGCUUCUUGGUCGGACGCUGAGUACUUGGAACACGUGGAACGACUCUCAUUUCAUGAUGAAGCGAUUCGACCAAAUUGAAUGGUAUCGGGUUUCAGAGGAAGAAUAUCUUAAGCUCUCUCGGGCGUUCAAAGCGGGCAGGUUCAAGCCGGAAGUCAGAAAAGUGUUGUUUUCUUUGUCGGAGUACGUUGAGCAGAACAAAGCCCAUCAAGCUGAAUUGGAUGCUAUUAUUAAGAUACAGAAGGAGGCGAGUGCAGCGGAAGCCGUAAGGGAGGAAGAGCUGUUUCAGGAGUGGUUGGCUGCCAAAGAAGCGGAUCAGUCUUCUGGAGGAAAACCCAGCUUGUCAGAUGACUUGGGUAUUCCAGUUGCCAGUCCGUUGUCUGCGAAUGUGUGGAAGGUUGAGGUUAAGGUUGGGCACCAGAUCAGAUCCAGCCUAGAAACCGUGGUGAUUCUUGAAGCGAUGAAGACCGAGGUUGCAAUUAACUUUGGGGAGGAAGAGAUUGGGAAGACUGUC